CCUAGGAAGGAACUAACACCCUUUAACUUCUUAGUUGAACCUUGUUCUAUCCACAUAAGUGCCUCUGGGUUUCAAAUGAUUCCAUGCAUCCCUGCAGGUGUCAGAUAGGCAGCAACAUGGCGCCCACACAUCCACCUGAUGGCUCACUCUUUAUUGUUAUUCAAAUGAGGCGUGUCACUGAGUUAAAAGGAGAGCGUAGGGGAGGGUGGAGUCGGUUCCUGCCAGUGGUUCUACCUGUUCCACCUGCUCUCCUCCCCCUCUGGCCCUCCCUUGGGUGUCAGCUGAUGAGGGAUCGGCUGGCCACAGUACUCCUGCCCUGCCUGUCUACCUGGCUGUCCUCAACCAGGAGUCACCUGUGUGAUAAAGAAGGAAGCGGGUUGGUGCAGCCUAACCUGUUCUCCUUUUCUUCAUUUUCAACUCUUUACUCUCUCUCUCUCUCUCUCUCUCUCUCUCUCUCUCUCUGAACUGAGAAGAGAGUAAGAAAGAGAAGCUGUGUGUUUCUUCUUUUUUUCUGCUCUUCUUUUUCUGCUUAAUGUGGCUUCAGGAUAUUUACUAAUCGGGAAACAUUCGCCACUGAAUGCAGCAUGGCGUCGGACGAGUCUUAUAAUUAUGUCUAUAAAGUUGUUUUGAUAGGGGAGUCUGGAGUAGGGAAGAGCAACCUUCUGUCUCGCUUCACUAAGAAUGAGUUCAAUCACGACAGCCGUACCACCAUCGGUGUGGAGUUCAGCACGCGGACUGUUCAGAUGAACAACUUCACCAUCAAAGCCCAAAUCUGGGACACUGCUGGACUGGAGCGCUACAGGGCCAUCACCUCAGCGUAUUACAGAGGAGCAGUUGGAGCACUGUUGGUCUAUGACAUUACCAAACACCUCACCUACGAGAGUGCGGAGCGAUGGUUAAAAGAGCUGCUUGAACAUGGAGAUCCUCACAUUGUUGUCAUGCUGGUAGGAAAUAAGAAAGACCUGGAGACCCUCAGAACUGUACCCACAGAGGAGGCCAAGGACUUUGCAGAGAAGAGGGGUCUUAUGUUUAUGGAGACAUCAGCGUUGGAUUCCACCAAUGUCGAAGCUGCGUUCAAUGAAAUCCUCUCAGUGAUCCACAAGAAAGUGAACAGCAGAGAGGUGACCCGUGGCUCCAUCUCUGCUGUAACUCUGUCCAGCCCCAUCGGACCUAUCGGAGAGGCACAGGAGGAGAGGGGCUGCUGUAAGGGCUCCUAACAGACUGCUGCCCAGUGAACAUUGACUCUAUGCAAACAACUGCACCCUUAACUGUCAUUCAGGCCUUAGCAUGACAUCAUUCACACAUUGUCUGAGGAAUGAGGUACCUGUUUAACAUUUUAAGCAGUCAAUGUACAAAGCUCUUUAAAUGAUGUACAGUAUGAAACUGAAAAACAAAAGGUAUAAUAUUCAGAAAAUCUAUAUUUCAUGUUUCUCUUCUGGUUACUAACGGGCACUUUUGACUCAGGAUGACUGCACAUUUGUUCCUAUCUAUUAUCUGAAUAUUUUUCGAAAGGAGUUAUAAAGUUGUUUUAUUUUUUAUAA